GGAUCACACUACGCUGCUUCAUGCAAACGUCACCGCCACUCCGACGGUCAUUCGUGCGCGCCGCUCAGCAGCCACAGCAACUCAGUGAAGCUCACGCCAACGUCAGGACAGGACAGUCGCUCACCACGAACCAAAAAGAAGAAGAAGGUAUUUUCUUUUUUCAGCCGUCGUGCAUCAAAAAAACUAAAUAAAUUAAAAAGCCACACGCGCUUCCUAAGUUGAAGUCACGGUGAAGCCGCAACGCAUUUGCACCGGAGACGUUACGGCCCACCCACACGGCACAAGUUGAAGAAUGAGCGCAGAGGUGGAAUGCCCGACAGCCGCCGCGGGGGGAGGGGCUCUCUCCGUUUUCGGCAAAGUCGACUGCGCGCCUUUUGUGUUUGCCACCGACGACGACGCGGCCGUCUACGCAGCCAUUGAGGAGGUUUUUAGCGAAUUCCAGUCGACGCCGUCCGUCGAGGCCUUCGUCGUGAUCCAGAACAAACUAGUGGAGCUCGCCGGCUAUCCGCUCGUCACGGCGGUGCUGUCCGGUCGGUAUCCGUGUCUCUUCUCGUCUCUCGAGAGACAGGGGGAGGCGAUGGGAGCGGGCGCGGCGGUGCCGGCGAACGUGGCGGGGGUGAACUGGGACUUGUGGUGCCGCAACACGUGGUUGACAAACUCCUGCGCCGUCGAUGAUCUCGGUGUGGUGGCCACGUCGACGCUGCCCUCCCUCGAUGCUCUCCUUCGGCAGGUGGAGCGGGACAACGACAAUCAUGUGAAUGAGGUGUGGUCGGUGCUGCACAUCCUUGCCUGGGCGCUACGCAGCUCCGCUGUGGCGCCGACACUUGUGGACCCACUGACGCAAUGCGCGGCGCUGUGGGAGCUAAUUGAGACCGAGCUGGUGAAGGGCGGCCGACACACAAGUCUGCAGCUGGUGCUGCUGGACCUGCUCGCUGCUCUGGCGCUGCACGCCUCGGCCUCGACGGAGCUUUUCGCGCGCCUCUGCACCGUGGCCGGCUCCCGUGCGCAGUUCCCGCAUCCCGUGCACUACCACAACGCGAUGCGAUUGUGUUACGCGUGCGUGAUAUGCGAUGACGACGCCCACACAAAGACGCAGAGCGCCGUGCAGCACCUGCGGCGGGCGUGGACAACGAUGAAGGCGCAGACGAGCGGCUUCCCGGCCUCGCUGCGGGCGACGGAGUGGGUGGUGGGCGACGAGGCGAAGGCGCAUCUCGCCAUUGCGGUGCAGCUGCAUCGGCAACUGACGGCAAAGGCGGUGGAAGUGUUCGACCUGGCGACCGUGAAGGAGUUCCAUGCGACGGCGUUGCAACUGCCAGUGGAGGCGCGCGCCUUCUGCCUCUUCGCUCUCCCCGGCAACGCCCUGCUGCGUCUGCAUGCGACGUUGCAGGAUGAAGCCGAAGCCGACCUCGUGACAGAGGUGGUGGCCACGCUGGUCGACGUCGUUUUGGGCCAAAAACCCACCAAAAUAGCCGACAAUGCCUGCGACGACGACCACGACGACGUUGACCCGAGCAAGACGGACGGUUAUGUUCAGUACUGCAUCCAGCAGAUGUGGAUGAACGGCUUGAGUGCCACCUUGUACUCCCUGUUGCAGCGCCGCGACCCCGCCAUUACCGCAGCGGUGGUCUGCCUGCUGCACCACCUCGCUGCACGCAGCUUACACGGCAGUGCCGCCCGCCGCGUCCUGCUCGGCUCGCCGUCUCUGUCGUUGGUGAGCAAUGUGCUGACCGGCGUCGCAGAGGCGGCGGACGUGAAGGAGGAAUUGAAGAAGGCGGACGUGGACGAUGUGGUGGAGGGUGCGCUGUGCCUCAUUUGCGCACUGGAGAACGCCGAACUGACGAGUGUCUUCACCGACUCUCUCGUCUUCACCGUUGGCACGCUCAUCUCGGAGGGCAAAGAGAGUACGUUGCUGCUGCGCCGCGGCCUGCGAGCACUGGCCCGCCUCGCGUCCGCCUUCCCCAUGGCCGGCUCGCUGGUGCUGGACUUUGAGUUUCUCACGGAGCAGUGCGCGCUGCCCGAGCCCCCGGCAGAGGCCAGUGCCGCGAUGGUCGUGGGUUCGCUGGAUGUGAUGAGCGCCAUCGUCGUGCAGCAGCCCGCCGCCGUCACCUUCGAGUGGAUUGAGAUGCUCCUCAACAUUAUGCAGCGUCUCGAUGGCUGGCGGAACGGCGUGGCAGGGCUGGACACGGUUCUGUGGCGCUGCGUGCGCUACACCGUCGAGACCUCCGAGGACAGCAGUGAGUACCUCUUCGGCGAGGAGGCGCGGGAGGUGUUGCGCAACGAACUCGAGCGCGUGAAGUACGGCGACGCGCAUCUCCGUCAGCUUCUCCCGUCGCUUCUCGGAAUUGCGGUCUGCAUGCAGCCCUUCGAACACGCCGAGGUGAACGCGGCGAUGACAGCGGUGCUGCGAGAGGUGCCGAAUACGUCGUGGACGGCGGAGAUGAGCGAGGGGACGCUGCGCUUUAUCGUUGCCGCCGCGUGCAGCAGCAGCAGCGACGCAGACGGCGCAGAGUCCAACGCAUCGCCAACGUCGGACGGGGAGCCGCUGAAGGGUGGGGGGAUGACAGCGCAGACCAUCGCAACACUCGCCGAGCGUGUCAUGUACGGCGCACAUCAGUCCGGCGUCACGGUCCCAACCACGGCGCUAGAAGAGUUUGCACAUGGCCUCGAGGAGAAGGGUCUCGCCAUGGAUGUGACGAUGGCGUUGUUCGACUUGGUGGACCGCGUCCUGAAGCCGAAGGAAGACAAAAAGAAGACCACUGUGGCAAAGAACGACGCGAAGCUCGCGCAUGCGCUUCUCCCUCUCUUGCACUACCUUCUCUCCCAUUGUCCCUCCGCCCGCACCGAGGCGACAGCCGUCAGCACCGCACACCUGAUCAAGUGCACCGCAGCCGAGGGCGACGACAAAGCGGCGAGACUCGGCAGCCCCGACGUGAUAGACACGGCGCUGCUGCUUGUGCACGACGCGUGCGCGAUGAGCUUUGCGGACGCCGACGGUGAGGCGAAGCGUGCCCGGGUGAUGCAGGAACUGUGGCCCAGCCUGGCCUAUGUGACCCGCCGUGCAGCCGACGUGCAUGCAAGCGCGGGCUGGCAGCGCGUGUUGAGCCAUGUCUACGGCGCUGCACACGUGCUGCUCCUCGGCUCCACGACCGUUCCCUUUAGCGCCGGUGGCGACCCGCGGCUCGACUACGUGGGCGUCUGCGGACUACCGCACGUGGCGAUCGAGCCGUGCAAAGCGCUGGUGCAGACCGUCCUCAACUUCGAUGAAGCGCGGGCUUACCUGAAGAACAAGUACGCCGCGGCUUACCUUUCCUCGUUAGAGUACAUGACGGAUCCGGCACACAACGUGAGCGGUGUGGUGCCGCUAUCCUUGCAACGAUACCUGGAUGAAGCGAAGCAACUGUAG